AUGGCGCCACACAAGGAUGAAAUGGAUUACCAAAGAACGCGCGUGUCGCAAUCUAGUCGACAUGCUCACGUCAAAAGACUACACGGGGAAUCGCCCCUUCAAGGCAUGAGCCCGCCAAGGGGUCUCUACGAACUUGUUCCCCAAGCAGAAGCCACGCGGGGAGUGAUCGAUGCUGCAAUCUGGGUGGGCUACGCGUGGGCAGAUGAACCUCGCAAUCACGCGGUUGUGAUGGUAACGGGUUGGGAUGCGGAGGUCGUCACGGAACAGGCCCAAAAAUUAGCAACACACUUCUGGGAUUCGCGUGAAGCCUUCCAUUUUGUCGCUCCUAUAGGUACUCUGGCUGGGUGUAUUGAGCAUGCACUCCAAUCUGACCGCCGGCCAUUUUUCAUUUCGGACUCCGAGGACAAUCAAACGGCCGGAGGCGCAGGAGAUGUGACCUGGACUCUCGCUCGAGUCUUGGCUCGCGCUGAAUUCCGAGGGGUGGAUGGGCCUGUUGUGGUAUAUGCCAGCAUUCUGGGACAGCAGGCAGCUGACACUAUUGCUCGAGCGGGUGUUGGUGCUAUCGUGACUGUCGUUGCUGGUGCAGAAGUCGACAGUAUUCAUGAGGGGCCAAUCACCAUGACUGGGCGGGUCCAUGCCGUCAAACAUGGAGACCGAGACGCCAUUAUCGAAUGUGUUCUCCAGGUCGGGAGUGUUUUCGUCGUGAUCACCACGCUGCGAAAGCCCUACCACCAUGAGUCUGAUUUUUGGGAGCUCAACCUUGCACCCCGGUCGGCGGAUAUCGUGAUAGUGAAGAUCGGGUAUCUGGAACCUGAGCUAUUUGGAAUGGCCGCAGACUGGAGGCUGGCCCUAACUCCAGGUGGCGUCGAUCAAGAUUUGCCUCGACUUGGACAUUGUCGAAUCCAUCGGCCCAUGUGGCCAUUCGAUCAAAGCUUUGCUGAGCCCCCUGAUCUCACACCACAAUUGAUUCCAUCAUCAAAUGAGCCCUUCGCCGAUAUGUUUCAGGGCCGAGUCCUGUCGAUUCCCAAUAACCUCAUAAUGAAGUAG